AUCGGCCCUGUUCCUAUCUUCGAUACGCCAUCGUCGGAAUCGGCGGUAGGACAUGAAAUGAGAAUGCAGAUCAUUACAAUCUUUGGUGCCACUGGGAAUCAAGGGAGCUCUGUCGCCCGAUCACUGCUCCGAAAUCGAUCUUUUGAGGUUCGGUGUAUCACACGGAAUGCGGAGAGUAAGAAGGCCCAGUUGUUGAAGGCGCAAGGGGCCGUCAUUGUCGAGGCCGAUGGUUACGACACCAGCCAGAUACAACAGGCAUUCUCGGGUAGCUGGGGUGCCUUUGUGAACACGAACGGAGACGAUCCGUCACUUGCUUCAGAAAAUAGGACCGAUCGGGACCUGGGGUUGAGUAUCAUUCGAGGUGCGGCAGCAGCUGGCGUCAAGCAUUUGGUCUACAGCUCUGGACCCUGGGCUGCCAAGCUGAGUGGUGGCGCGUGUAGUGUUCCCUCAAAUGACGCAAAAGCCGAGGUCCAGCAUGUUGCCCAAGGCCUCGGGUUUGAGACCGUUACCCCCAUAAUGCCCGGCUGGUUCUUCGAAACUUUUCUAGAGCCCCAGAUGGCUGCCAUCUUUGGAGGCUUUCCUGUCACACCAGACGAGGAGGGCUGGCUGACCUGUCGGGCACCAUUAUGGGGCGGCCGAGAGCACGUACCCUUCCUGAGCGUCGACAAUGACUUUGGCGACAUCGUCCAUGGGGUGUUUCUCAAUCCAGUCCGGUGGAACUUGCGCCCCAUUCAGGCUAUCAGUGACUUCUUGUCAUUCGCGGAUUUUGUGAAUACCUACGUUUCGCUGACUGGGAAGAAGGCUCGUUUCGUUGCCCUUUCAUCUCCCAUGGAGAUGGAAACAAUGGGACACCCCUUGCUAGAGAGUAUCCGUGGCUUCUUCAUCUUUUCACAAUUGCGAGAUGGGGAAUACUUCGGUACCGGCCCGACAGAGAAAGAAACUGCGACGGCCUUGAAACAGGCCGCCCACAGAGCACAAGCCAAUGACAGAAAGGGGGAACAGGCUGCGCUGACCAGUGCUCGGGACUUUUUGCAGGCUCGCUUUGGUAACAGUAAGUGA